AAGUUCGUUUCCUUCCCUCUCGAUCGAAAUCAACAAGCGAUGGAGCGACUCGAUCUUAUUAACUGCAUCUAAAUAAGGACAAAACUGUUAAAAAAAACACUGUUGCGCUAGUAAAGUACGUACUACGUUGUGUUUUUGAUUGUGGGGGCUGGGUAGUUCAACGCCCACUCGAGCACCUGAAGGCAUCAUCGCCGCCAAGAGCAGACCAGAUUGGAGAGAGACGAUGGCGGCCUGCAAAGAUAGGCUGGUCAGGACUGUCCCCGUCUAACCCGAACAUGCUUGUGUAGCUGGAUCCAUGCACAUCAACGGUGGCAAACAAUCUCGGAUAGCUUUAGGUGGUUUCUGCCGUCUUGGGAAUCAUGGAGGACGACUGUGUGUGUGAUUACGACUCGACCUGGGACACGGAGAGUGAUGGAGAAGACCCGGCCGGAGAUGGCCAACCUCGUCGGCCCAGCCAAGACAGGAACAAAUGUGGUUGGACUUUAGUAUCGUGGCAUCACACGCCCAGAAACAUGAGGGCAGCAAAGGACAUGCAGAACUACAGAAGAGGAUACCCCAAUCUUGCAGACGACGAGUGCUCGGAGGACAAAAUGAACAACUUGCAGUUCUACCUCAAUAAAUUUCCCUCUGCACCUGAUGAUGUCUACAUUGAAUCCUUCCUCAAAGAAUGGAAGAAUGACUACAAAAGGCUGGAGAGAGUUCACUCAUACAUUCAGUGGCUGUUCCCACUCCGCGAACCAGGGGUAAACUACAUGGCUUCUGAACUCACCAAGAAGGAAAUUGAGGCCUUUAAGAGUAAUGAGGAUGCCAAAAAGAGGCUGGUGGAGUCGUAUGAACUCAUGUUGGGCUUCUACGGCAUCCGCCUAGUUAACAAAGAGACUGGUGAGGUGACACGAGCAGACAAUUGGAAAGAGCGCUUCGGGAACCUUGAGCGGAACAUGCACAACAACCUGCGCAUCACUCGCAUCCUGAAGAGCAUGGGGGAGCUGGGCUUUGAGCACUAUCAGGCACCGCUCGUGCGCUUCUUUCUUGAGGAGACUCUGGUCAAGAAGAACCUCACCAGUGUUAAACGCAGUGUACUUGACUACUUCCUGUUCGCGGUUCUGGAUAAACAAAAACGCCAGGAGUUAGUGCGCUUCGCCUACCUUCACUUUGAACCAAAGGAUAAAUUUGUGUGGUGUCCCAGGAAGAUUCAGAAGCAGUUCAGGAAGGCAGAGAAACGAUCAGAAGCUGUUGGCAAUGGAGACAGUCGGGAUGACGUCUAUUCAAGGGCUAAAAACAAAGAUGGAGAAAAGGGGGUUCACCUUAAAGACGAGGAACUGGACAAUACAGGAAAGACACAGAAAGAAACUGAAAUAAGUAAAGACAAAAUCAAACAGUUGGAGUCAACGCCUCAGCCCAAGGCUGAUAAAAUGACUGUUGGAAAUGGCACCAACAGUGGACCUGAGACCAAUAACAACAGUUUAGGGAACAGCAACGAGACUGCUGAUGAUGUUGAUGAAAUGGAUCAGUCACCCACUCCUGACACCGUGACCGUCAAAACUGAGCCUACUGCAGAUAUUGAGUUGAAGUCUACAAACAUUUCACAGGACACCAUUCAGGAACCCGACAAUGUCAUGCAAAUGGAUGAAGAUGUGGGCAUAGAGGAGCCUCCGAAGAAGAAGAGAGAAGAGAGUGUGAUGAUGCAGAGCAAUGGCAUCUCUGCUGGAGACGUGAGCACUGGCCAGGCAGAGGGCAAGGCUGGCGCUAACACAGCCCCUGGCCAAAUGAGCUCGUCUGCUCAAACACCUCUUAAGACUUCAAAAUAUUCACCCUGCCUGUCAUUAGGGAGGGAGGAGAAGAUCCCAAGGACUGAUUUUAUUCAAGUGCCAGAUAAAGAGGACAAAGUGUCGGAGGCAAACGGGAGCACCCAUAAAAAAGGGGACGAACAGACAACUGAGAAGAAGUCGGAGGACGUUGACAUGGAGUCAAACCCCUCUAGUUUAGACCCCAACAUGGGUAACACAUGAAUAGUUCCUACAUUACCUCGACUCUACUCCACUGCUUUUCAGUCUAAGUGAUUAUCUCACAAGAAUUGUUGGCAUUCUUCAGUUUGGAGCAAGAACGUUGGCUGUCCAUUUUUUUUCUUGGAGCUGUAGUACCUUACACAGAUGACCGUUCGAUUUAGAGAUUGCCGCGUUGUUCAAUUGUUGCCCGAAACCUAAGAGAGGACAUUAAAGUGCCGAAAGCCUCAAGUAAGCUUUGAUGUUUUCACAGACUUCUGUUCAACAUUGACUUAAAGUGAUAGUUUGGAUGUUUUGACAUGAAGUUGUAUGACGUCCCCAUCAACAGUGUAGUCCAUCAGCAGUGACUUACCCCUCAGUUGGUCCCGUGAGCCCAGUUCUGGUCGGAUUUUGGUGAUAAGAAGCAUAAUUGCGGUGAGUUAUUGGGGUUACUUAAGUAAAGCGUUUGGCUUCUCAAAUCAAUAUACGUUCUAAAGAGUAAUACAUUUGCAUGACAAAAAUGCCUCCUGAAAAAAAUCAGACCUCAAAAAACGCUCACCUUUACUUUCUCUGACGGCGUAUUAAUGUGCGCUAUUGGCUGUCUAUUGUGUGUGUGUGUGUGUGUGUGAGAGAGCGAUGAAGAUGCAUCAGCCGCGACUUGUGUGUUCAAUGGACAGCCGUUGGCGAAAGUAAAGCCAAGCGAUUUGUGCGGUCUGAUUUUUUUCGAGGAGGCAUUUUUGUCAUGCAAAUGUAUUACUCUUUUAAACGCAUAUUGUUUUGAGAAGCCAAACUCUUUACUUAAGUACCCCCAAUAACUAACCGGAACUACGUUUCUCAUCCAACCAGAAGUGAGUUCACAGGACCAAGUGCGGGUAAGUCACUGUUGACGGACUACACUGCUAAUGGCAAUGUCAUACGUCAUGUCAAAAAAUCCAAACUAUCCCUUUAAGAGGUGUUCUAAACUCUGCCUUUGAAAAAAUGAUGAACUGUUUUGAGACAUAAUAAUUUAACACUGUUUAUUAAUAUGGUUGUAAUUUGCAGUGCUAUAGAACUGCACUACAUCAAUAAGAGAGCAGGUUCUAAUAUUUUGGUUACCUAGUUUGGCUAUGUAAUCGUAAAAAUGUACGUCACGGCAAUCUGCAAUGAACAACCAACCAAAACAUCUAUGCCAAUUGUCAAUCAAAACUCAGCAUUGUUAAUUUUGAAAAGGCAGACUCGUUAGAAUUUGCAGGUGUGCCUAAUAUGACGAGUGACAUUUAAACCUUUACACAAUGAAAUUAUAACCUAAAAUAACAAAUGAUUCAUCUAAUUGAAACAUGACAGUGACAGAUGAGGAAUGAAUGAAAAAAAAAAUUUUGGCUUUAUAUUUUAGGUUAUGAUGGUAAUUUUCAUUUUGAAGGAGUCCUAUAAAUGAACUCCAAUUUACUUUUGUCCCCAACUCCCUCAUAGACAAAU